AUGUCAAUUGUAGCACCUGUUGGAAUAACUUAUGGUUCUCAAUCGAAUGUUAUGUUACGUAAAGAUUCAACAGGAAGUAUAACUGGUAUAAUAAUGCCAAAUCAAGCUGAACAUACAAUUGAAUAUCGCACAUAUUUCAAUGGUUAUCGUUUAAUUUAUUCUGGUUUACAUACACAAAUAUGGGAAUAUGAUUCAAAAUCAAAUCUUCAACGAAUUUAUUUUCCAUUUCAUCGAAUAAUAACAUAUAAAUAUGAUGAUAAUAAUCGUUUAAUUUAUUCAUUUUCUGAUGGUUGUAAAAUAUCAUAUAAAUAUAUGAAUUAUCAAAAACAAAUUCAUAUUGAAUAUCCACGUGGACAAAUUCAUGAACAAAUUUAUGAAUAUAAUAAUAAUUCAUUACUUAAUAAUUAUAUUGAUUAUUAUUAUGAUAAAUAUUCAUAUUUUAUUUUGUUUAUUAAAUAUAAUACAAUAAAUUCAUUUGAAUUACGUGUUAUAUUUUCAAAGGAAUAUCAUAGAAAAUUUCUUGACAAUUAUUCAACUAUUUAUCAAUUAAAUUAUACAUUAAAUUAUCAUGAAAAUUUAGGUUACUUACAAUCAAAUACAUUUAUACGUUUAACAUAUCCAACAAUAUAUGAAUGCUAUAUAAAAGAUAAUUUAAAUUUAAUAACAAUAUCACGUCGUAUUGAUGAAUAUAAACGUUUAAAAGAAAUAAAUUUUAAUUAUAAAAAUCAAAAACGUUUAAAUAUUGAAUUUAUGUAUAAUAAUAAA